UGAAAUUUCUAUCAAGUGUCAAUAGGUUUGAAUAUGCUUCACCGUGGCUUGGUUAUUUUGAUCUUAGUUUUUAUGUACUUUCAAUUGAAUCUAUUACUGAGUUUCAGUAGAUCUUUUGAAAACUUAGAUAUCAACGACAGUGACGAAGCUAUUUUAAGUAUGAUCCCAGCAGAACUUCACAAAUUUUUAUCAUUGAAACCAACUAAUUCCACCCAAACCCAUAGUAACGGAAGUGACGAUAAGAUUUUUCACAUAAGUACACUAAAUAUAUCAUAUAUCAAAGAUAGAAUUGCGCAGUAUAAUUUGCAGCAGAGGGUUCUGAAUGAAAACAGUUUCCAAUCACUUGAAAACAAUUCCAUCGUCAUUGUUGUACAGAUUCAUGAUCGGAUCAAUUACCUCAGAUAUCUGAUAGUUAGUCUAGCACAAGCACCUGGUAUAUCUCAUACACUUCUCAUUUUCUCACAUGAUUAUUACGAUGAACAAAUGAACAGCCUAGUCCAAAGCAUCGAUUUUUGCAAAGUGAUACAAAUAUUUUAUCCUUAUUCUAUCCAAGCACAUCCGAAAGAAUUUCCUGGUGAAGAUCCAAAAGAUUGCCCUCGUGAUAUGAAAAAGGAACAUGCUGUACAGAAGAAAUGUAAUAACGCCCUUUCUCCUGACGUGCAUGGUCAUUAUCGCGAAGCCAAAUUCACUCAAACCAAACACCAUUGGUGGUGGAAAGCCAAUCGUGUCUUCAAGCAACUCGAAGUCACAAGGAAUCAUAGAGGCUUGAUCGUGAUGCUAGAAGAAGAUCACUAUGUUGGCCGAGAUUUCAUUCAUACGUUGAGACUCAUGGAGAAAACAUCUAAAGAAUCGUGUAGCCAUUGUAAUGUUUUCUCUCUCGGAACGUAUAUGAAGACAUACAACUACUAUGCAAAUUCCAAGAAGGUGGAAAUUUCACCGUGGAUUGGCGGCAAACACAAUAUGGGAAUGGCAUUCAAUCGAUCAACUUGGAUGCAGAUUGUGGACUGUGCAACCUUCUUCUGUGGAUAUGAUGAUUACAAUUGGGACUGGUCUUUACAGCAAGUUUCUGAGAAAUGUUUGAAGCAAAAACUUCAUGCCAUGGUUGCUGUCGCACCAAGAGUAUUCCAUAUUGGGGAAUGUGGAUUCCACCAUAGGAAAAAUAAUUGCAGAUCGAAUUCAGUGAUUUCAAGAGUGCAGCAAGUGCUGAAACUUUCAAGACGAUAUUUUUACCCAGAUCGUUUGAUACUGACGUAUUCCACAGUACCGAAAAAAACUGAACCAAGUAAAGGAAAUGGUGGCUGGGGAGAUAAACGAGAUCAUAAGUUAUGCAUGGGUAUGACAGUAGGUUAA